AUGGGCUGUUGCGGAUCUUCAAAUCCAAAUAAGCAAAUAAUAAUUUCACCACUAACAACUUCACCUCAGAAGAAAAACAUGAAAGUUUGUGCAGGGACUUUUAUAAAAACGCAGCUCUCUCCUUUUUCUGAAGUCUACAUGCAAGGAAAUCGAAUAGGGCUAGGUGGCUUUGGAGAGGUCAGAAGGUGCACCCACCGUAUAACUGGGGCUCUGCGUGCUGUAAAAAUUUACUCAAAAGAGCUUUUUGGUCCAAAUUCAACUCAGCAAGGGAAAAUGCUCGAAGAAAUGGAAAUUCUAACUACCCCUCAAUGAGCAUGAUUAAAUUUUACACGAUUAUUGAGAGUUUUUUUUUUUAUUAAUAAAUUUAUAUUAAAGAUGCUUUUCUAAAUUUAAAAAAUUUCAAAAAACGAAAUAAAAUUAUAAAUUUAAUAUAUUAAAAAGUCUCUGGGUAGGGAGUAAGGAAAUUGGACCAUCCUAACAUUAUCAGAGUCUAUGACUUUUUCGAAGACUCAAAGAACUACUAUUUAGUUAUGGAGUACUGCGAAGGUGGCGAACUCUUCAACAAAAUAGAGAAGAUGGCUAAGUUCAGUGAAGACGAUGCUGCCUUGAUAAUGAGGCAGUUGAUGUCAGUUGUAGCAUUUUGCCAUUCAAUGGGAGUUAUCCACCGAGACCUGAAACCAGAAAAUAUCAUGGUUGAGGAGAGAAGCAGAAAGCUAAAUAUAAAAAUAGCAGAUUUUGGGACUGCCUGCUAUUUGGAUCAAAACCAUGAAACUACUGGGGUUAUAGGGACUGCCUAUUAUAUGGCCCCUGAAGUAUUUGCUGGGUCAUAUAACGAAGCAUGUGACGUUUGGAGUUGUGGGGUGAUCAUGUAUAUUUUGCUAACAGGCAAUCCUCCGUUUGGAGGCAAAACUGAUGAAGAAAUCAUUGCAAAAGUAAAAGAGGGAGCUUAUAAAACAGAUUCUCCAGAAUUCAGCUUAAUUUCACCAGAAGCCAUUGACCUAAUAAAAAAACUGAUAGCUCCUUUAAAUGAAAGAAUUUCUGCUUCGCAGUCUUUAAGCCACCCGUGGCUUAACCGAAGCAGGCCAACAGUUGAAGCACCUGUGCUAAAAGCAGUAAUCACAAACUUGCAAGACUUCCGAAGCACUUUGAAAUUGAGAGACGCAAUUCUGACUUUUAUUACUUCACAGCUUGUCAAUUAUAGAGAACUCAAAGAGCUGAGAGAUGCUUUUGUCAUUUUAGACCAUGACGGGGACGGAAAAAUCGGUAAAGAGGACCUUUUCGAACAAUUAAGUGGCAUUGUUCCAGGAGAUGCUGCUUAUACCCAAGCUGAAGAAAUCCUGAUGAAUGUAGAUAGCAACAAUGACGGAUACAUUGAGUUUACAGAGUAUUUAAGAGCCACCAUCGACAAAAAGGUGCUACUUUCCAACGAAAACCUUUUGGCUGCCUUUUCAAUUUUGGAUAAGCAUAAAACCGGGAAAAUUUCAGUUGCAGACUUCAUGAGCGUUCUUGCGGAUAGAGAAGAAUACGAUCUGAACUUGUGGAGCGAGCUCGUCAGGGAGGCGAACCCUGAUGGAAGGGGAGAGUUUGAUAUGGAAGAGUUCACCAAGCUCCUGAUGAACAAGAUCUAG